CCCUCCGCAGUUGUGGGGUGUUUCUCUAUGAUCAAAUCCUAGAGAACAAUUGCAUUCUCGGCAUACUAAUUUCUUCUUGUUCUCCCUCGUAACACCUCGAAGAAAUCUAACUCCAACCAAAUAAUAAACAAAAAAAUGGCACGCCAGAUCCUUGUUCUUGCAUUGGUCUUUAUUGCCCUUGUUGGGUUGGCUUCGGCUGGUCAAGCCUCCUCCGACAGCAAGGGAGGCGCCGAGGCCGCUGCACCUGUCAAUGAUGAUACCAUUGGCAACACUGAUGAAGCAAGUGCACCAACUACUGGUGGUGAUGAGGCUGCUGCGGCUGUUGAAGGCCCUGUUGGCAGUGAGGAUGCAGCAAAAAAUGCUGCUGCUGCUCAGCCUCCUAGCAGUGGUGCAACCACCCUUGGGGUCUCUGCUGUCGCUGGAGCUGCUGCGGUUGCCGGCUACUUGGUCUUCUAAAUUAGUUUCGCUUAAUGCUACAACUUUUCUAGUUUUGGUCUGAGAAAAGCUGUCUUAUUAUUAUUCGUUCGUCUAUUUCACAUUGUUUGUACCACAAUUUGAGGUUUGCACAAGGCUGGUUGAAUUUGUUAUGAAUAAAGGAAUGCAUUUUAAGCAGAAUCUUUGCA